GCAAUGUUUUAUGGAAGUUUUAUUGUAAAAUUGGUAUCGUUUUAUACUUUAAAUGUGGAGUUUUCUCUACUAUUUGAGCUGUAUUUGUAAAGGACUGUAGUGUUACUAACACUUUAUUAUAAUAUAUUUUUAAAUGGUAAAAUAUACCAAAUCUUUGCUGUUUCCCCAAUAAAUUUAGGUAAUUUGGGAUCUUGGUAUUCUAUUGAUUUUAUUUCAUUAUAUUUAUAUUUGAUCUACAAAUACUCAAAGGGGUGAAUGAUUAUAGUCUAGAAAAACAGGAACAUUUAAGCUUUCGUUUCAUUGAUUAAACAUUUGCAGUCCUGGGAGUGUCUUAACUGAAAAUAAUUGCAUGUGAAGCACUUUAAUACGACAAUACAUUUCUUGCAAUUAUGAAAUUUACUUAGUGGAAAAGUAAAAUACUUAAUAACAAAAUGACUUUUGACAAUCGCAGACUGCAGGCCUACACUCAUGCACACAGUUUUAUUCAUGUUCAAGAUUAUUUUAAUUUAAAUCUCACUGCUCAACUCUUUUUACUGCACACUUAUAUGGACUUAUCACAGUACACCUAGUGCAGGUGACAUUUAAUAAUGAUGCCCUAAAAAGGUUAUGAAAAAGACUACAGCGAUGCAGAUGUUUCUCUAAGCUCUCUUAAUAAUUCUCAUUUAUAGUUUGAUGUAUGGACACAUUUUUUAAAGCUCUAAGUCUUUAAAUUUAAGAUUGAUGAUGCACUUGUAUUUAAUUUUUCUGCGUGUUUGAUGUUUUAUUUAUGGUGUUCUAUUCUAUUCUAUUCUAUUCUAUUCUAUUCUAUUCUAUUCUAUUCUAUUCUGUUCUGUUCUGUUCUGUUCUGUUAAGUAGCUGCUGCGGGUUAAUUGAGGCAUGUCUUGCAGAGAGCUGUCCAUAUGGGCAUGUUUGUCUAUCCUGAUAAUCUUUGCUGGAGGAUUAAAGCCUGUUCCUGUGCAGGACAACAUUAGAUUCAAGCUAAUAUGCUACUGAAGUCUUCCAGGAUUGAAUCCUCCCAGCAUCUGUAAUGCCUUGCUCGAGGGGCUUGGUUCAUUGGUCUGUGACAGAGUUGUUUGGGCAGCGGAAGCUGCUGGGGCUUGGAGCUCUGCUGGCAUGGGUCGUCCUCUUCCAUCUCCUGGUCAACGUUUGGCUCCUUUGCAUCUUCACGAGUCUCUUGGUGGUUUUUGGCGGCUGGCUUGGGUCCCGGGCCGCUCUGGACACAAACAGCCUUCUCCACUUGGAGCACUUUUUGCCCCUGGGUAAAAUUAACCCUCCUGUGCAUUCGCCUGAGCAGGAGUGGAGGCUAAACCACGAGAUCCACAGCGCCGUUCACAAAGCAGUGCGAGACUUUGUGUCGUCGUGGUAUCGCACUCUGCUGCCAGAGGUGGAGGGAGAGUUUGAGCGCGCGGUGCGCAAUUCCUUGCUGGACUCAGUGAUGGAACUAAAGGAACGAGCACAGAGAGUGGACCGAAAGGCUUUGGUUCAGCGGCUGCUGGAGCUCUACGGGUGUCACCUGCAGAGCUACAUGGCAGUAAGGCAGAUCCAGUCGACACAGAGGGAGAGCACCGCUCUUUGGCAGCUCUACAGUGAAGUGGAGUCUCCUCAUCCAGCUGUGAGCAGUGCAGACGCAGAGCUCAACUACUCCAGAGCUCUGGUUAACCUUGUGUUGCACGUUCUUGUUCCGUACCCACAGAUGGAAACCAGGACUGGGGGUUACAUGGUUACAGAGCUUAUCACCUCCAACGUGUUUUUAACACUUAUAAGCAGAAUAUCCGAUCCAGACUGGCUCAACCAGACCAUUGUAGAUUUGUUCACCAAAUCUAAAGAGCCUCAAGAAAUCAAGGAGGACCUCCCUGCCAAUGCGUUCUACAAAUGCCAGAAGCAGCAGGAGUCCUGGACCACCUGCAGGUCUCUGUCUUCUGAUGAUCAAGCUGGUUUCUUCAACAAAAACUUUUCGGAUGCAGAUGAUCUAAAUAGUCAGAGUUCCCUCUCCGUCAUGGACUUGUCCCAGAGUAGUCUGAACUCUACUGACAAAGUUCUCAGUUGCCGUGCCAGACUGCGGCCACCUUUAAACGUGAGCUGCUGCUCCAACGCCACCAUGUCUAAAGUAGUCUCAAUGGACUCACUCAUUCCUUCAGACUCAGAAGACGACCCCAGUGGGGGUUUUUGUGAAUGCAGUCCUCCUACCAACUUGUGCAGCCUGUUCCUCAUGAAGGAGGACGAACUCUUGGGUUGCCUCGCUCCUCUUAGAAAUCUCGGUCCAAAGGCAGUUGUGCCAGAAGAUUCCCAGUGGCCAGCAGGUAUAGCACAAGAGAAAAGCCCUGCUUGUCCCGGGAAAAAGCUUUGUCCAGCACCCUUCAAUUUUGAGGCCACCAGCAACCCAGCAACCCCCCUGAACAUCCAGACCAUACAGAUAUCUGGAACUGUCAGUGCGAGCGAGCAGCGCAGCACAGGCACACACCCCUAUACCCUCUACACUGUGAAGUUUGAGACAUUACCGGAUGGAAACGGACAAACUGCAGCAUGUCACACUGUCAACCGCAGAUACAGCGAGUUCCUCAACUUGCAGACGCGUCUAGAGGAAAAGCCUGAAAUGAAGAAAAUAAUCAAGAAUAUCAGAGGACCAAAGAAGAUGUUUCCUGACCUCCAGUUUGGCAGUCCAGACAGCGACAAAGUAGAAGCUCGUAAAAGUCAGCUGGAUGCUUUUCUCAAACAAUUAAGCAGCAUUCCCGAGACUGCCAACAGUGAAGACAUGCAGGAGUUUCUGAGCAUCAACUCGGAUGUUUGCACAUAUUUUGAAAGGAAACCUUUCAGCAAGUCAAGGAUUGACAAGAUGAUGGAGAAUGCUUUAGACACUCUGAGGACGGCUUUCCCCCACCCUGAACUCCUCAGUCCAGUAGAAGACGUUGAAGGCGACAGUGAGGGGAGAACAAUGGAUAACAGGAAGUACAGGAGACUCUUCCCAAGCAAAGUUUCCCCAUCCCUCAACAUCCCUGACCUCCAUCCUAAAGUGACGUACUGUUACAGUGAUGGCCUCUACACAGCUGUGGCAGAUGUUGCUUUGAACAUCUUGUGUCUGCUCAUGAAGGACCAGUGGAGCUGGCUGUGUACUGAGAACAUUCAGAAAGCCAUCAGGCUUCUCUUUGGGACUUUUAUUGAGAGAUGGUUGGAGGUUGGCGCUGCACACCUCACCAGUGCACACUGCUGGGUGAUUUACCUGCAAGUGCUGCAGGAAGCUGUGUGGCCAGGUGGUAUGCUGCCCGCCCAACCCCAGCCCGAGCGAAGUGCUGCCGAAAGAGAGGAAACCAAAGAACAGUGUCUGCACUGUCUGAUGCAGCUGCUUCCCGAGUUCAUCGCUGAAAUGUUGGGCUACGAAAAGUAUAAAAUGAGCCUGGAGACCAUGCUAGGAUCUUUACAGGACCAUCAGAUCAACAAGCAUUUGAUCUUCUGCAUCUGUGACCUGCUGCUGGAGUUUCUGAUUCCUGAGUCCUGUGACGAGGCUCUGCAGAGGUCUCUGCUGCAGAGCCUCACUAAAGACACAGAGAGGGACAGUGUUCAGCUAUAAUCACUGAGUCAUGGUCAGAUAAGUAGGAGAUGGUUGUAAAGAUUUUUAAGACAUAUUUUAAUAAUUUUCUUUUACUGUUGUAACAACAUUAACUAUUUACAAGUCUGGGUUUAUAUGUGCAUAUAUACGUAUACAUGUACCAUGUUAGUUAUUUUUUAUAUCAAGACAUGUAGUGGAUUUUGGCUUUCUUUGAAAUCCCUUUAAAGUACAAAUUCUCUUUGUAGAAAAAGUGAUAUUUGAUAAUUUUGCUUGAAUCAAACAGCAGAGUCAGAAUUUUAAAAAACGGUUUCACCAAACUAAUGUACAAAGAUUCACAGACAUUUUUAUUUCUUACUAAAUACUUCUUGACACAUAAACCUACACUUUGGCCAACACGUUGGUUCAAUUUUGAACAUACUGAAAUAAUAAAACACAAUAUUGCUCCAAAUUGGCCAGUAGUUGCUUCCAUUACAGUAUGGCUGUAAAAUCUUCUGAUCCAUGGAACUAUGUGACAUGUAUUUAUCUUCUCUAGAAUUAAAUUUCUAAGCUUUAUA